AUGGGACUGUGUCUCUACAACAACUGUGCGGUCGUCACUUCCACCGAUGCCGUUGUGGACAGAUCAAAGACUGUGAGUGUGCAAUGUGGGCAGCACAACCUACUGCUCAGGGUCCACAGGGAUUUAUUUGGAAUUGGACACCUGAUUAAAGCUGCUGACCUGACCCUGGGAGCAAUGGUUGGAGAUUUCCUGGUCUACACCAGCCACCUGAACCACCCACCCCGGGCUCACGGAUCUGUCAUUGUGCAAACUAAUGGAGCCAUCGUUACCAUUGAGUGCCAUUAUUUCAGGAAGGGCAACGUGAGCAGUGACCCCAUCAAACCCACCUGGAUCCCGUUCAGCUCCACCAAGGCUGGAGAAGGGCAUCUGUCAUUCUCACUGCGUCUAAUGAAUGAUAACUGGGUCACAGAGCUCGCCUCCACUGUCUACUACCUGGGGGACAUCAUUCACAUCGAGGCCUCUGUUUCAAUGACCACCCACAUGCCCUUGAAGCUCUACAUUGACUGGUGUGUAGCCACACUGAGCCCAGACAAGGACUCCACCCCCAGAUACCCCAUCGUUGACUACAAUGGUUGCCUCCUGGACAGCAGAGCUGAGGACUCCUCUUCAACCUUCGUGCUGACAAGAGGGGAGCGUGAGCUGGACACGCUCCGGUUUGACCUGGAUGCAUUCUGCUUCUUUGGAGAUGACUGUUCCUUGCUCAGCCAGGCUCUUGGCGGCAUGAAUGUCCCUGGUGUGUAUUUGUUGGUUUAA